AUGGUCGCUGAGCGAAGUUUCCUUCGCCGGAGCCUGCUGCUGGCCGGCAUCGCUCACUGGAGCUGUUGUUGGUUGCUGCUGUUUCUCGGAGCUGCUCGCUGCUGUGGCUGUCCUCGCCGGUUGGAGCUGCUGCUCGCUGGUUCGGAGCCGCUUCGCCGGAGCUCGCCAUUGGCUGGUCGUUGCUCGGAGCGGCUGGGGUUGCUGUCCGGCUACUUCCCUUUGCCGGCUGGUUGCUGCUGCUUUUGCUGGAAAAAGAAAAAAAGAGGUGAGGGAGAGAAAGAGGUUGCUGGUGCUGCUGGUGGAGAGAGGAGGGAAAGGAGAAUAGGUGAGGGAGAGAGAGCAGGACGGCUGCCGCAAGCAGUUGCCACUGCAUCCGUUGAAAGAGCUUUUUCGGCAAUGAAGUUUAUUAAAAAUGCCUUGCGGAAUCGGAUGAAUGAUGAGCUUUUGAGCGAUCAAUGGUCUGAUGAUGAAAAGGUGCAAAAUAGAAGGGAGGGUAGGGUUGAUCGGUAUAAUGAUGAUAGGAAAGAGAAGAGGAGGAACGUAGUAAGAGAAAAGAAGGAUGAUGGUGAUGACCAUGAUAGAAAGGAUACAAGGCAAAGGAUUGGGGCUGAUAAGCAUGGAAAAGACAAAAAUAGGGAAGAUAAUACCCAAGAAGACGGGGCACUGAAAGCCAGUGACGUUUCCAAGGUGCAAAAGCAAGAUGGUAAUUUGAAUGUCGAUACAGCAAAAUUGGGCAGGAGUGGGGGAGUGUACAUUCCACCAUUCAAAUUGGCUAUGAUGAUGAAGGAGGUUCAGGACAAGAGCAGUGUUGAGUACCAGAGGAUGACUUGGGAUGUUCUCAGAAAGAGUAUCAAUGGACUGGUGAAUAAAGUUAAUGCAGCAAACCUCAAAAACAUUAUUCCAGAGUUGUUCGCAGAGAAUUUAAUUCGAGGGAGGGGUUUGUUUUGUAGAUCCUGUAUGAAGUCCCAAAUGGCUUCUCCGGGUUUUACUGAUGUGUUUGCUGCUUUGGUUGCGGUCGUUAAUACCAAGUUCCCUGAAGUGGGUGAUCUUUUGUUAAGAAGGAUCAUACUGCAGCUGCAAAGAGCUUAUAAACGUAAUGAUAAGCCUCAGCUGUUAGCAGCUGUCAAAUUUAUUGCUCACCUUGUGAACCAACAAAUCGUCCACGAGCUUAUUGCUCUUGAACUACUCACGGUUUUGUUGGAGAAACCUACUGAUGAUAGUGUUGAGGUUGCGGUUGGUUUUGUUACAGAAUGUGGUUCAAUGCUUCAGGACCUCUGUCCACGAGGAUUACAUGGAAUCUUUGAGCGGUUCCGUGGUAUACUUCAUGAAGGAGAAAUAGAUAAACGUGUUCAGUUCUUAAUUGAAAGCCUCUUUGCAUUGCGUAAAGCAAAGUUUCAGGGUUACCAAGCUGUGCGUCCAGAACUUGACCUUGUUGAGAAGGAAGAUCAACUAACACAUGAAGUCUCUCUCUCAGAUACAAUAGAUCCAGAAAUUACUUUAGAUAUUUUCAAGCCGGAUCCUAAUUUCCUAGAGAACGAAAGAAAGUAUGAAGAAUUAAAGAAGGCAAUACUUGGUGAAGAAUCUGAAGAAGGAGAUUCUGAUGCCGAAUCAGAGGAUGAAGAUGACAAUGAAGAUGAAGAGUCUGAAGAAGAAGAUGAGGAGCAAAUGCAAAUAAAGGACGAAACAGAGACAAACUUAAUCAACCUUCGGAGAACGAUCUACCUUACUAUUAUGUCUAGCGUUGACUUUGAAGAAGCAGGGCAUAAGCUGUUGAAAAUCAAACUAGAGCCUGGUCAGGAGGUUGGUAUCAUGAUCUCUUUCUUAUAUUUUGUGAGGACACAAGAUUCCCUUGACUCUAUUUUCCCGAAGGACAAUCCCAAGAAUACAAGGUUUGCUAUCAACUUUUUCACUUCCAUUGGUCUCGGUGGAAUUACUGAAAAUCUACGAGAGUAUUUAAAGAACAUGCCAAGGCUUAUCAUGCAACAACAAAAGCCCGUUUCUGAAUCGGAUGAUGAGUCUGGGAGUUCUGGUUCAGAAUCUGAAUCAUCAUCAUCCAGUUCUGACGACAGUGAUAGUGAAAGUGAUGAUAGUCGAAGGAAGCGGAGGAGGAGAAGAUAGAUGAGCCAUGUAUCUUCGAAGAACAAAUUCCCAGAUUGUACGAUUUGGCAUUGUCUUCAA